CUUGCUCCAGAUGUGGAAUUUCAACAACUCCCGGAGCCAGCCGUGGCACAGAGCGAGUCUAGGAAGGCGCAGCUGCUUGCCAUGAACACAACUGCAUCCCUGACCAUCAUAGACUGGGUUGUAUUGAGCGGCUCCCGGUUCUACGUAAAUAAUAUCUCAAAAAUACCUGGCUGUGUUAUCGAUACCAGAUAUGUGUUCGCGAUGGAACCCAAUCCAGAAUGCGUUUCAGUUCCAGUGUUUCAAAGAGCGAGUCAACACAGACUCUACUUUGGUGACGUCUACAACGUGACCGGAUACACCUUUCUACAUGCGUAUGCGUUUACUCACCGCUGUGCUUGUGAGGGAAUCUGCUGUGGGUCCUGGCCCAUACGCGAGAGAAUCAUUGGGACCGCCUACCACUAUGGAAAUUAUGCUGCCUCGACCGACAAGAACCAAGCCCUCUACAUUGUGGGCUGGCUCCGAUCCGAUAAUAGCACUGGGGAUGGCAUGAGCAAAACCAAUUGCUAGAUCAGAGAAAUACUGAGGAAUCUAAUCCUCAGAUGUUUGUGAGCGC